GAAAAACAUGCCCACGCUUCAUUUUCGUUUUAGUUCCAGAUUCUUGUUCUUCUUUCUUGUGACAUCCUUUACCUCUUGGAACCUGUCGUCGAGCGUGCAUUAUCGACAUCUUAUUGUUAAAUAAUGCCUCCAAAAAAGGACUCCAAGGGGUCCUCUUCUAAACAGCCCCAAAAAACUCAGAAGAAGAAAGAGGGAGGAUCUGGAGGAAAAGCCAAGAAGAAGAAGUGGUCCAAGGGAAAAGUUAGAGAUAAACUAAACAACCAGGUUUUGUUUGACAAACCCACGUAUGACAAGCUGUUAAAAGAAGUACCUUCCUACAAAUUGAUCACUCCAUCUGUAGUUAGUGAAAGGCUGAAAGUGAGAGGAUCUCUUGCCCGUAGAGCACUGGAUGAACUUCUACAGAAAGGACUCAUCAAGCAGGUCAUUAAACAUCAUGCCCAAGUUAUAUACACAAGGACUACCAAGGGAGAUGACCCAGCAUAAUUAUGAUUUUAUGUUAAUAAACUAUGAGUUUUUAUAAGUA